AUGAAGGCAGUCCCUCUGGCGAUAAACUUGCUCUUAGCAGGACCUUAUACAAAGAAUCACCCAGUUCACUGUGCCAGAGGAUCAGAGCUAAGAAGAAUUCUGGUGGGCGAAACGGGAACCAGCAAAAGUGUGACAGGGAACAGCAUCCUCAGGAAGCCAGCAUUUGAGUCCAGGUUGAGUGCCCAGUCCUUGACGCAGACUUGCAGUGAGAGUCGGGGUAGCUGGGGAGAGACCGAGGUGGUGGUUAUUGACACACCAGAUAUGUUUUGUGGGAAGGACCCCUCUGAUUCCCUGAACCAAGAGGUGCACAGGUGCUACCUGCUUUCUGCCCCAGGACCCCACGUGUUGCUCCUGGUGAUGAAACUGGGCCGAUUCACCAUGGAGGACCAGCAGGCUAUUCAGGGGGUGAAGGAGAUCUUCGGAGAGGGUGCCAUGAGGCACACUGCUGUCGUCUUCACCCGCAAGGAAGACCUCAAGGGAGGCUCCCUGAGGGAUUUUAUCCAAGGCUCAGACAACAGAGCCCUAAGUGAGCUGGUGGCAGCGUGUGGGGGGCGAGUGUGUGCCUUUGACAACUGCACUACAGGGAGCACCUGGGAUGACCACGUGAAGGAGCUCAUGGACUCGAUUGAGAGCCUGGUGACAGUGGAAAGGAGUGACCACUACACUAACAGGCUGUACAACCUUCUAACACAGUCAGAAUGUGGGCCUGUACAGUCAGAGCAAAGACUGCAGGAUUUCAAAGGGAGCUUUAUAAAAUACAUGGAAAUUCAGACACGUGGUACAAUCAUGGCCAAAGCAAAUUGCCUGAGAAAAGCCCUACUCCAAACAGCGCUGUGUAUUGCAUUGUGUGCUCAGGUGUCUGCCACAUUGCUCAUUCAAUUAUUUUGUGUAUUGCAUAGGACAUGCGAUUUCUUUUGCCGCUUACCCUUUAGUAUGUGCAGUUUAUUCUGUAGUUUACUGUUAGUCAUACCCAAACAAUUAGUGAUGAUUUUUAGAAAGGCCAGUAGACUGGAUGCAAGACUCCUGUGUCAUAGUUACUGA